CCACUCUCCAUCUCAUCGAUCUCCGUACGUCGAUUCCCGCCGGUAACCGGGCAACAACGAAUCAUCCCGUCGGCUAGGUGAACAAUCCCCAAUCAUUUCUUUAUUAUUAUUAUUAUUAUUAUUAUUAUGAGGAGCAUUCACAACGUUCAAGCAAAUUCGAUCUGGAAGGAUUUUACUGAUCUUUCAACCAUUUAUGCUCCUCGGGGCAAGCCAACGUUAGUGCAUGCUGCGCCUCGGCCAGUUUCCGGAACUCGAAGGCUAUCGAUACAAUGUGAGGUUAAGUUUCGUCCUUGCAUCGACAUACACAAGGGGAAAGUGAAACAGAUUGUUGGAUCCACUCUUCAAGAUUCUAAAGAGGGAGUUUCAAGUCUUAUCACUAAUUACGAAUCUGAUAAAUCGGCUGCUGAAUAUGCGAAAAUGUACAAGGAAGAUGAGCUUACUGGUGGCCAUGUAAUAAUGCUCGGAGCGGAUCCAUUGAGCAAAGCAGCAGCGAUCGAAGCAUUACAUGAGUUUCCUGGUGGUUUGCAAGUUGGUGGUGGUAUCAAUUCAACCAAUGCCAUGAGUUACAUAGACGAAGGAGCAAGCCAUGUUAUUGUAACAUCAUAUGUAUUCAAUGAUGGACAUGUUGAUUUUGGGAGGCUAAAAGAUCUAGCCAAUACUGUCGGAAAACAGAGGCUUGUGUUGGAUCUUAGCUGCAGAAAGAAGGGGGACAGAUAUGCAGUUGUGACGGAUAGAUGGCAGAAGUUCACCGAUGUAUAUCUUGAUCAGAAAGUGUUGCAUUUGCUCGCAACUUUCGCUGACGAGUUUCUUGUCCAUGGAGUUGAUGUUGAAGGCAAAAAGCUGGGAAUUGACGAAGAGCUUGUUACUUUGCUUGGCCUGCUCUCACCGAUUCCGGUGACCUAUGCUGGUGGAGUCACCGAUAAGGAUGAUUUAGAGAGGAUCAAAAUGGCAGGAACGGGUCGCGUAGAUGUCACUGUCGGCAGUGCUUUGGAUAUUUUUGGAGGCAAUUUGUCUUACAAGGAUGUCGUGGCCUGGCAUUUUCAGCAACAAGCCUUGCCACUCUGGCACAACAACAUGGUUUGACAAAAUUUCCCUCUUUCUCGAGCUUUCUAUAAUUGAUCUUUGGUCCUUAAUAAGAAAACUCCGGUGAAGCUGCGUUUUGUGAUCUCAAACCCCGACUAGUGUUUUUUUCGUUUUUUUUCUUCUUCUUCUUGGAAUUUGCUGUUGCACAAUAACUUUUAUAGAAAGGGGUGCUUCACAAUAAAUAUCCAUGCAUAGCUAUUUUUCUGUUCUUUUCCACGUCGAUUCCUAGUUUCUAUCUGUUAUGGACAAAUGAAGUUUAUUCAAUGUUAAUGCUUCUAUUUUUCGUCUCUAA